AUGGCGGCGGCGGUGGCUGUGGGGGGCGUCCGCGCCUUGUCAAUGGCGGCGCUGCGGGGAGGCGUCGCGGCCGCCGUCGCGAACUGCUGCUGCCGGCGGUGGCGGCGGCGGGGCGCCUGGCCGGCGUCGAGGCGGCUGUUGAGCACGGGGGCUCCCCCUCAGGUGGUCGGGGCGGGGCUGACGGAGGCCGUCCUGCGGGACGCCGUCAAGCAGAAGCAGGCAGCAGAAGGUGGAGAUGGGAAAAGCGCCGGCUCUGAUGAGCAGCAAGAGAAGAAGCAGAAGGAAAACACGGCCUAUGCAAAGAAAGUCGUGCUCAGGAUAGCGGGGCUGAUGGGCGCCAGCAGCGGAGUAGCCAUCAUCUACAUCUUUGGUAGUAAUUCAGUGGACGAACAUGGCGUUAAGAUUCCGGAUGAAUUCGACAACGAUCCCGUGGUGAUCCAGCAGCUCCGGAGGGCCUACAAAUACUUCAAAGAUUACAGGCAGAUGAUCAUAGAGCCCACCAGUCCGAAGCUGCUCCCCGACCCCCUGAAGGAGCCCUACUAUCAGCCCCCUUACACCCUGGUCAUCGAACUCACAGACGUUCUCCUUCAUCCGGAAUGGUCGCUCGUGACCGGCUGGCGCUUCAAGAAGAGACCGGGCAUCGACAACCUGUUCCAGCAGCUGGCCCCGCUCUACGAAAUCGUCAUCUUUACAUCCGAGACGGGCAUGGACAUCUCCUGCCUGAACAGGGACCCCGCCAAGGUGGUGGUGGUGGACUGCAAGAAAGAGGCCUUCCGCCUGCAGCCCUUCAACGGCAUGGCCCUGCAGAAGUGGGACGGGAACUCAGACGACCGGAUGCUCUUUGACCUCGCCGCCUUUCUGAAGACCAUUGCCUUGAGCGGGGUGGAGGACGUCCGGUCGGUGCUGGAGAACUACUCCAUGGAAGACGACCCACUGGAGGCAUUCAAGCGCAGGCAGUCCCAGCUGGAGGAGGAGGAGCAGCGGCGUCUCUCGGACCUCUCCCAGCACAAGAAGCAGCAGAUGUUCCUGGGCUCCCUGGCCAGCCGGCUGUGGCCCCGCUCCAAGCAGCAGUGAGACGGCGGACGCCCUCCGGUCCAGCCUCAUCCGCCAAAAUGGACUCCUGGGCUGCCGCGGUCCCUUCCCCGGCGGGGAUGUGGCCCUCUGGAGAAAGACGGACCAAGGUUUGAGGGGGGCGUCCCCCGAGCCAACCCUCCCGAGGCCUCGAGAACCGCGUCUGGGCCUGAGCCCUUUUCGGAACCCUCCGGAGGGAGAGCCCCGCGAGAGAGAGCGGAACCGAGGAUAGCCGGUCAGACCCCCUUCCCCUCGGGAACCGGGGCGAGGAAAUUGGGGGGGGUGGGUUUGCUCCCAGAUGGGUCUUUUCACCGCCACGCUCCCUUCAGACGCCGGGCCAGGCUGCCAUUCCGUCGGCGCGAACGGGAACGAAUGUCGGAUGUGUACUCUGAAAUAAAGGAUAACCUUUCU